UCGUCCGGUCGCCGGCUUCUGCACCGCUCUCUACACGUGUCGCCUCUGUUUUGCUAAAAAAUUCUGCGUUUUUAGACAUUUCUGCGGGUUUUGUUUCGUUUAACGGGGAAUAAACUCGUUACAGAGUCGUUGUAGGGUGUUGUCAACAUGAAAUAAUCAAUAAAUAAGAUUAAAUUAAAGAUUAAAGUGGAAAACGUGUGGAAACCGAAGAGGCGUGCUUUGACAUACGCUGUGAUUGGGGCAGAGUUGGUGUGACCAUGGUGUGCAGGCAGUGUGGUUCCUCAGAAGUAGACGUAGACCAUGCUCGGGGCGUCUCCGUGUGUAUGGGCUGCGGGUCUGUGCUGGAGGACAGUCUCAUCGUCUCUGAGGUGGAGUUUGUGGAGAGCGGAGGGGGAGGCUCUCUCGCCGUCGGACAGUUUGUCUCUUCACAAGGUGGAUCCAGAGCUCCCACAUUUGGAGAUUCCCACAUUUCUUUGGGCCGAGAGUCCAGAGCUCAGACGCUGCAGAAAGCGAAGACCCAGAUCACGAUGUUGGGGCAGCAGUUACAGAUGAACCAGCACUGUCUGGACACGGCAUUUAACUUUUACCGAAUGGCUUUGAGCAAAGGCCUGACUCGAGGGAGGAAGAGCGUGCACGUGGCUGCUGCCUGCCUCUAUAUGGUCUGCAGAACCGAGGGGACGCCACACAUGCUUCUGGACCUCAGCGACUUGGUGCAGGUGAAUGUGUACGUGCUCGGGAAAACCUUCUUGACUCUGGCCAGAGAACUGUGCAUCAAUGCUCCAGCCAUAGACCCGUGUUUGUACAUCCCACGCUUUGCUCAGAUGUUGGAGUUUGGAGAGAAGAAUCAUGAGGUUUCCAUGACGGCGCUGAGGCUGGUGCAGAGGAUGAAGAGGGACUGGAUGCACACAGGACGAAGGCCCUCGGGACUCUGUGGAGCAGCUCUCCUGGUGGCUGCUCGAAUGUACGAAUUCAGACGAACGAUCAAAGAAAUCGUGGACGUGGUGAAAGUGUGUGAAACUACGCUGAGGAAAAGGCUGAAUGAGUUUGAGGACACGCCCACCAGUCACAUGACCAUCGAGGAGUUCAUGAGGCUGGACUUGGAUCAGGAGUGUGACCCUCCAUGUUUCACCGCUGGACUCAGGAAGAAGAAAUAUCAGGGGCUGGAGAUAGAAUUGAAGAAGCAGAUAGACGAUGAGAUCGAAGAUGAGAUUCAUGAAUUUGAGGAUGAAAUCGACGCCGAGCUCCAGAACAGUCGACCCAAACUCAGAGGGAUCUACGCAGCCUACACCAGAGAAGUGCCCGUGCAGGACUUGGAGGAGGCCAUGUUUGUUGCGACCAAAGCGGAUAACGGCGAUGAAGAGGAGGAAGACGAGCUCCAGGCGGUGGCGAAGCACUUUGGGAGGGAGCUGGAUGAACUGACCAUAGAGGCCCUGAGGAAGCUCGAGCAGCCCCAGGACAGCGCUGCGAGCGGGGGAGAGGAGAGGGACACGGAGGGGGCGGAGAGCCAGGACCAGGGGGGCAUCCCGAAGAGAAACGCCCCAACGCUGGAGUCCAUCCUGGGGCCGAUCCGCUCCACAGCCACCCUGGGUCUGAGCCAGUCCAUCAGCCACUGCAUCACGGAGCACAAGGACAAAGAUGCAGAGACUGACGGAGGAGAGCUGGACCUCAGUGGAAUAGAUGACGAGGAAAUAGAACUGUAUCUUCUGAACGACAGAGAGAUCCAGAUCAAAACGGCGCUGUGGAUGGCAGAAAACUCCGACUACCUCAAAGAGCAGAGAGAAAAAGAAGCCAAAAUCGCCAAAGAGAAAGAGCUCGGCAUUUACAAAGAGAGAAAGCGUCGUGCUCCUGGCAGCAGGAAGAGAGACUCCAUCACAGCCAACUCAACCGGAGAGGCCAUCGGCAAAAUGUUAGAAGCCAAAAAGAUCUCGUCAAAAAUAAACUACGACGUUUUGAAAGAUCUGGACGUGAAACCAGGAGCGAGCCCGCCCGAAGUGAAGGAGGAGACCCAGAAGACCCCCAAACUCACUCCAAGAACCAAGAGAGCAGCCAGCCAACCCCUAACCCUCAGCACGCCGCUAAGCACUCUGGGAAAGAGACUGCAGCCCUUCAUCACUGGACACAAACCUCCACCCAAGAAGAAGGCCCUGGACCAGGGGGCAGCAGAAGGGCCUCUCCCCGUCCCGGUCCCGGUGGCAGCCUCCUCUUCGGGCGGAGCUUUGGUGGAGAGCGGACCUGUGGUGUAUGAAGACGAGCCGGAGGAAGAGGAGGAGGAGGAAGAGGAGGCAGGCUGUGUGAGCGCCAUGGAGCUGCUCGGAGCCAGCGGUUAUGGAUCAGACGGAGAUUAUGACGACUACUAGCCUUUCCUCUCCUCUUCUUCACCUCUCUGUCCUCCUCUCCCUCUCUCUUCUUUCCUCUCAUCAGCUGCUGCUAAAUAACCGAUGGACUUGAACUAAACGCACAACAAAAAAACGCUGCUUAACCCGGCGGCCAUUUUGUUUCGUUGCACAUAAAAACCAAGCCUAGUAUUUAUAACGUCAAAUGAGGAAUGACUUGAACUGUCGUCAUAGGAACAACUACUACAUUUGGGGAUCUGCACUACGAAAAGAAGCAUCUGCAUUGGGUAAAAUCACUUGAAAUCUGAAUAAUUAUUUAAGAAUUUAGCCUACACAGGUUAAAAAACUACAACUUUUCUUAUUUAUUACUUUAUUUAAAUGAAAGCAGAAUCAAAAUAAGUACUUGAAAUAAUUUAAGUCAUGGUUUAAAUGUUCUAUAUUACACAAAACUCACUCUCUGAGAUUUAAGCCGUGUUAUAAUCUUGUUAUCUUCUCAAAAACAGACCUGGAGAUGUGUUUUGUUUCAUUCACACAUUUUGUCAUACACAUAAUUUACUUUUAGUUUAGUAGAGAUCGGCAAUUCCAAGUCUGAAAUGAUCCAAAUGAUUCCAGUGAAGAUGUAUAGAGUUUAAAAACACAGUGGAGCACUUCCAGCAUGUGUGAAUGAAAUAAAACACGACUCCAGGUCUGUUUUUGAGGAGGAAAUCACAUUAGAACAUGACUUAAAGCUCACAAGAGUCGAUUUUAUGUCAUCUAAAACCUUUAAGUCAUUUUGAUGUGGAAAGUGUUUAUUCUCAAAGUGUCUCUUAAGUCAUUUCUUUGUGUAAAAUUGAGUUUGAACUCAUCACAUUCUGCGCUGCAAUAAUGUGUGUUAUCUGAACGAAGGCAGGAUUUCAAAACUAGAAAGAAAAAGAAUACAGAAUAUUCAUUUCUUUGAACGUGUUUGAAGUCUAUGACUCCAACACAGAUCCUGCAAAUGCUACAGAAUCAUAAAUGAAAGUGCCUAUGACGGUUUGGACGACUUAUUUGACUAAAUGUGAUGAUCUGUUGAAACUCAACACUUCCUGUCAGUCUCAACAAAUUUGUCCAACUUCUCUUCACAAAUUGCUUCUUGUUUGAUGGAAAACUAUAAUUAACAUUUUCAACAGAUGUGAUCCUAACAAAUUAAAUCAAAAUGAGAGAAUUGCCAAAACCUGUCAUACGCGCUUUAAUAACUUUACUGCACUUUUUGCCUUAAGUGUUCUCAAACUCGAGCUUUGAACUAUCAGGAAAAACCAUCAUGUAUUUACUCAAUUACUGUUGCCUUAUGUCUGCAAAGUAAAUGUAAAAAUAACUGACAUGGAGUGCUUGAAAAUGAGGUUUCAAAUGUUUGGUGUGUUAGAGGAUUCAUUUUGAUGUGACCGUUUGGUUAGAAAUUUGAAAGAAAAACAUUUGGCAAUUCAAAAGGUAUUAAUUGUGUUUUGUUUUUCCAAAAUUACACUUAGAUUACACAUUGAGAAGACUUAUAUCUGAGUAAGUGAACAGAACUAGAAUGAAUUACUCUAGUAUCUGGAUUUGAGCAGAUUUGACCUGAAAAGUCAAAUUAUCCACGGAUGGAACACGACUUUUUCUACUCAAAUUAACUUUAAAUUAGAAAAAAACAACUCUUUACACUUGAAAGAAGACAACGAAUAUUGUGUUUCUUAAAUUUAAAUCUCUGUACCUGAUUUUUGUUGUCUUAAAAACGUGAAAAACAGAACUGGAUCAUUGUAAACAGUUUGCAGUUCUUCCUCACUCACCUUAUGCAUUCAGAACAUCCGAAUUAUUCACCUCGAUGGUUCAUUUGAAGCCGGAGUGGAGUUUUGCAUGAUGCUCAUAACAACUAGGAUGCUAACACACACUUUCUGAUUCUCAGAAAAUAUAACAUGUUAUACUGAGGCGUUUUGUUCAUGUACAUGGACAAAAAAUCUGGUACUAUAUCUGUAAGAAGAAAGUAAUAGUAGUAGAUUAUUACUAGUAGAUAAUUUUACUUGACUUGUCUAAUCUACCCAAAUUCAGAAAAUUUAUUAAGAAUUCAUGUAAUUUAAAAGGUGCAAUGUGUAACUUGUGUAACCGCUUGUUUCUCUACAUACAUCAUUGCUCUGCCUGGAAUGUUCCACAGUGUGACAUUAAACACUUCUACUUUACAUUUAUU